UAGAGUUUCGAGAAAAACACAGAAGACCCAUCAUCCUGUUCGUCUCUUCAACAAUGAUCUCCUCUGUGCUUCUUUUCUCCUGCUUCGCCUGCAUCGGGAGCAGUGCUGUGUUCACCCAGCAGCCCACAGACCUGGUGGUGGUGGCGGGCCAGCCAGUCACCUUGCCAUGUUCUAUCCCCGGCUACCACGGCAUGGUGCUCUGGCUUCGAGAUGGCAUGGCCCUGGGAGUCAACAGGGAUCUCUCAGGCUACCCACGUUAUGAUAUUGUUGGGGACCACAGUAAAGGGGAAUACCACCUCUUGAUCCAGAGAACCGAGAUGCAAGAUGACGCUUUCUUUGAAUGCCAGGCCAUCCAGGCAGCUAUCAGAUCACGACCUGCUCGCCUUACUGUGCUAGUUCCUCCUGAUGACCCAGUGAUAGUGGGUGCUCCGGUAGUGAGUCUACGGGCAGGUGAACAUCUGAACCUCACAUGCCAUGCUGACAACGCCAAGCCUGCUGCUUCUAUCAUCUGGAUCCGCAAUGGUCUGGUACUGAGUGGUGCCAUGUACUCUAAGACCCUGCUGCGAGAUGGUAGGAGGGAGAGUACAGUCAGUACUCUUUACCUGUCCCCUAACAACGUCGAGUCUGGCCAGCAGAUUACCUGUCGAGCCUCAAACAAGGCAGCCCCCAAUGGAAAAGAUGCUACUGUUACAAUCGACAUUCAACACCUGCCUCUUGUCAACCUUACGGUGGAGCCACAGCCUGUCCUGGAGGGAAAUCUGGUCAAGUUCCACUGCUCUGCAAAGGCCAACCCACCUGUCUUCUAUUAUAGGUGGGCCAAGGGGGGCAAUUUGAUCCCGGAGGUAACUGGCGACAUCUAUGAGGUUGUUGUAGACCACUCUUUCUUUACUGAGCCCGUGUCCUGUGAGGUCACCAAUGCACUUGGCAACACUAACAUCAGCAGGAAUGUGGACGUCUACUUCGGACCACGGAUGGCAGCAGAGCCUCAGUCUCUACAGGUGGAUCAGGGGUCCGAUGCUAUAUUCAACUGUGCCUGGACAGGAAAUCCAUCUCUAACCAUCGUUUGGAUGAAACGCGGCUCAGGAGUGGUACUAAGCAACGAGAACACUCUGACACUGAAAGCAGUGAAGCAAGAGGAUGCUGGGAAGUAUGUGUGUCGGGCUGUAGUCCCUAGAGUGGGUGCUGGGGAAAAGGAGGUGUCACUCACUGUGAAUGGUCCUCCUACUAUCUCUAGCACCCAGACCCAGCAGGCGUUGCAUGGAGAGAAGGGACAAAUUAAAUGCUUCAUCCGCAGCACCCCUCCACCCGACCGUAUUGCCUGGUCAUGGAAGGAGACUGUAUUGGAGUCUGGGACAUCUGGCCGCUACACUGUGGAGACAGUCAGCACGGAGGAAGGAGUAAUCUCUACCCUGACCAUGACCAACAUCGUCCCUGCUGAUUUUCAGACCAUUUACAACUGCACUGCGUGGAACAGCUUUGGCUCUGAUACAGAGAUCAUACGCCUGAAAGAGCAAGAAACUCUGCGAUUAGCUGUCAUCAUUGGCGUGACUGUGGGGGCCUUCCUUGCACUUAUUGUCCUUUUGGGAACUUUAGGCGCAUUCUGCUGUGCCCGCUUCCAGAGAAAGGAUGUUCAUUUAGUCAUGUCAUCUUUGCCUGUAUCCCUUUCACGGCAGAGAGAUACAAAAACAGAAAAUCUCAAAGGAGUGGUCUCAACAAAAAAUGACAUCCGGGUGGAGAUUGUUCACAAGGAUCACAAUGCAGCGCGGGAGAGCGAGGAGCACACGACCAUCAAACAGAUGAUGAUUGAUCGUGGCGAGUUCCAGCAGGAGCCUGUCCUGAAACAGCUGGAGGUGCUUCAGGAGGAGGAGAAGGAAUUCCAGCAUAUUAAGGACCCUACAAAUGGUUACUACAGUGUGAACACGUUCAAUGAGCACCACACCGCCCCAACAAUGUCCCUGGCCACAAGUCAGACUCCGGAUGUGGUCCGAAGCCCACCUAGUGGAACCAUGACUAUGGGCAAGCAGCGGGUACCUACUGGCAUGUCCUUCACCAACAUCUAUAACACGCUAGGACCAGGCCCCAAUCGCCUGUACGACUACAGCCAACGUUUUGUCCUAGGCAUGGGCAGUAGCUCCAUUGAGCUGUGCGAACGGGAGUUUCAGCGGAGCUCGCUUAGCGACUCCAGCUCUUUUAUCGACACACAGUGUGACAGCAGCGUCAGCAGUUACAGCAAGCAGGAUGGCUAUGUGCAGUUUGACAAGGACAGCAAGACCUCGGCCUCUUCCUCCUCCCACUACUCCCAGUCCUCCUCCCAGAACUCAGACCUGACCAGGCCUCUGCAGAAACGCAUGCAGACCCAUGUCUAA